CCAUGGUGUGCUGAUAUCCAUAACCAUGGUGUUCUUCGUGCUAUGGGUCCGGGCGCCGUCGAUCGAUGACGUAGUUCUGUACUCUCCAGUAAACGAGGUGAUUGAAUCCAUCGGCAUUAUAAGAUUCAAUGGAACUCUGGACGCCCCUUCUAUAUAUCGUGGCAGCCCGUCUCCAGAAAUUGACGCCGCUUGGGAUAGGAUAUCUCCGCGUCUAGUUCGUAUGACGCUUGAGCAACUGCUCAGAACAGGGGAGAAACCUUCUCCCGCCAUGGCUAGGUAUCCGGACGAAUACGGUGGAGGUUAUAUGGCAAAUGUAGAAGUCAUUCACCAGCUCCAUUGCAUAAACAUGCUUCGCAGAGCCAGCUGGGGUGACCAUGAUAAUUCCUCGGGUCAUGACUCGCAAUCCCGUGAAAGCUUCUGGCGCAUUCAUCUCGUACCUCAGACCAUUGCAUCGAGAAUGCUCAGGCAGAACAUUAUGUGUCGUGGUGACGUGACGAUGCUCACUUACGACUGGGUGGAGGGAUGCAGAAACUUUGAUAAAGUCUUGAAUUGGCUUGAUGAGCGUCGCGUUGUUAUCCCUAAAUCCAAGAUGGACUUGUCUUCUCCUCCUUGAUGGCAGUCUCGAAAUAUUCUCCAAAUGACGACUCUCGCGUAGAUCAUGAUAUGACGAAUGUCCUUGAAUAUGUCGCAAAGUCGAAUAGAAAUCCUAGUAUCUCUGCUGAAUAGAUUAAUGAUUGUCAGUUUGAUGCAUUAAAACAGGCUAAGUAACCUAGUCUUGUGAUGCAUCGAUAAGCUGUCGAUAAGCUUGCGCAAGCGCUCAG